AUGGUUGUUGUCCAAGCUUCAAAGCUCAGGCUCCCCAACCCUUCCCUCUCUUCCCCUAACAUAACCUCCCUCCUCUUUGAGCCCCAUUCUCUCUCUCUAGCCCUCAUGCACUCUGACUCCACUCUAUCUCUCUACCCUUCUAUUUCCCCUCUUGCCCUCUCAUCUCUCCCUCCUCCUCAAACCCUAAUUGCUCCUCCCUCUUCUUCCUCCACCUUCCUCCUCCUCCAAAACCCUAACCCUAACCCCAAUACUCGCGUUCUAUUCAUUGUCUCGGGUCCUUAUAGAGGUGGGUCUCAGGUCCUGCUCAGGUUUUAUAUUUUGCACAAGCAGAAGCAAUUUGUGAGAGCUCAAGUUGUUUGCACUCAGAAAGAGCUUCAAUUUGAUCAGAAAUUGGGGGUUUUGGUUGAUGCUCACCAUGGAGUUUCGAUUAAGCUUGCCGGGUCGGUCAAUUUCUUCGCCAUGUACUCUGUUUCUAGCUCAAAGAUUUGGGUUUUCGCUGUGAAAUCGAUUGAUAAUGACGAUAAUGAUGAUGACGAUGGGGUGGUUGUGAAGUUGAUGAGGUGUGCUGUGAUUGAGUGUUGCAAGCUUGUUUGGUCGAUUAGCAUUUCUUUUGGGUUCUUGAUCUUAGGAGAAGAUAACGGAGUUAGGGUUUUCAAUUUGAGGCAGCUUGUUAAAGGGCGGGUUCGAAAGGCCAAACUUUUGAAUUCGAGUUCGAAAACCGAGGGUCGAAAUUUGUGUUUGCCUAAUGGGGUGAUUGGUGACCAUGUCCAUAGUGAUUUGGCGGAUAAGGGAAAUAAAUAUGGAGGCGGAAAAUUCCAUGGAACUUCGGAGAUACCUUGCAAUGGGGACUUGUGUGGGAAGAACGAUAGGAAUUAUGUUUCUGCCAAGCAGCGGUCAGUUAAAUUGAAACAAGACUCACCUGAAGAGGGAGUGUGUUUUGUGACAUUCAAGGGCAAGGAGUUUGAAACCUCAAAAUCGACAAGAAUGAUACCAGCUAAGGCAAUCUCCAUUGAGGCACUGUCCCCCAACAAAUUUUUAAUCUUGGACUCAAAUGGAGCUUUACGCAUUUUGCACAUCUCCAGCCCUGUACUUGGAUCAAAUAUAACUUCUUACUUGCGGGAGUUGCCUCACAUUAUGAAAGUGCAAAAGCUGGCUGUUCUUCCUGAUAUAGCUUCAAGAACUCAAUCUGUUUGGGCUUCAGAUGGAUACAAUUCUGUGCACAUGAUGUUAGCAUCUGACAUGGAUAGUGCGGUUAACGAAAAUGAUAGAAAUGAUAGUGAGGAAAAGUUGAUUCAUAUCUCAGUUGUUCUCACAAUUUUUGCUAGCGAAAAGAUUCAAGAUCUUAUUCCGUUGGCUGCAAAUGCUAUUUUGAUUCUUGGCCAAGGACUUCUGAAAUCCAGGCCUUGUUAA